UUAGCCUUAUCUUCUGGCAUGGGUGCCGCACGCCGUGGCGGAGCGCACUCGCGCGCGGUCCGCCCUAAGCGUAGCGGCGGUCGCCGCGGUCCGGGUGGUGGGGAGGGGGCCCUGAAGCGGAUGCGGUUGGCAGUGGAGAACUUCGUGCGGGCUACCUCCGAGAGCGAGGCCCUCGAGGGCUGCGAGGCCCGCGGCGCUGUGCCGCACUCCCGGCUCGGAGGGCGAAAGAGCCGCAAGGAGCUUCGUAAGGAGAAACGACACCUGAGGAAAGUGCGGCGCCUGCAGAGGACGGUGGGCCCCGGGGACCGAAAGGGUAAUGUCGGUCUUACCGGCGGCCGGGAAGCUCCACCGCCCUCUGACUCACAACCGACCCCUGCCACGGCCACAGCGAACCCCACCAAGGCCAAGGCUUCCUCCGCUAACAUUAAGGCCGCCACGACCCAGAAUAAGGUUAAGACUUCCUCUUCUCCUGCUACGGCGGUGUCACCUAAGGCCAAGGCGAAAGGUGGCCCCGGGAAACCCGGUCCCGCCACCUCUGCCGCCCGGAAGCGGGCACUUCUAGCGGCCAACGAGGAGGAGGACCGAGAGAUCCGAAAGCUGGAGCGAUGCCUCGGCCUGAACAAGCGCAAGAAGAAGGGCAACGGCAGCUCGGUGCCGCUCAGCUUCGCGCGCGACGGACUAGAUUACAUUCUGGGGGCCCUGGAAUGCGGGAGAGGCGGUGGCCUGUACGAAAGCAGCGGAGAGGAGGAGGAGGAAGCCAAGGCGGAGACUGAACAGGCACUGGAGAGUGACCUAGAGAACAGUUCCGAGGAAAGUGAGGAGGAUUCAUACUCGGAGGAUCAGAACGAUGUAAACUCGCACAGGGAGGAAGAAGCAGAGGGUGGGACGCUAGAAAAUAAAGGGAAUAAGAGAGUCCGUUUUGCAGAGGCCGUUGAAAAGAGCGAAAGUUCUUCGGAAGACGACACAGAACAUGAGGAAAGGCACUGUGUUGAAAGUGGUGAAAAGUACAUCCCGCCGCGGUUGCGGGGCGAGGAAGCAGGGGAUGUCCACAAGAAAGAAGAGCUGGAAAGGCUCAAGAAACACGUUAAAGGCCUCAUUAACAGGCUGAGCGAGCCAAACAUGGUAUCUAUAAGUGGGCAGCUGGAGGAGCUGUACAUGACCCACAGCAGGAAGCACAUGAACGACACCCUGACUGCUACCCUCAUGGAUGCCUGUGUCACUGCCUCGGCCAUGCCCAGCAGACUGAUGAUGGAGCAUGUCCUCUUAGUCAGCAUCCUUCACCACACGGUUGGGAUAGAGGUUGGUGCUUGCUUCCUUGAGGCUGUGGUGAAGAAGUUUGAUGAUGUCUAUAAAGAUGGAGGUGAGGGGAAAGAACUAGACAACCUGUUUACCAUGAUUGCACAUUUGUACAACUUCCACGUGGUACAGUCUCUCCUCAUCUUUGACAUUUUGAAGAAGCUUGUUGGAACUUUUACGGAAAAAGACAUUGAGCUGAUCCUGCUGAUGCUGAAAAAUGUGGGCUUUGCAUUGAGAAAAGAUGACGCCCUGUCACUUAAGGAGCUGAUCACAGAAGCCCAGGCCAAGGCCAGUGGGGCAGGCAGCAUGUUUCAGGACCAGAACAGGGUGCGGUUCAUGUUGGAGACAAUGCUGGCCCUGAAGAACAAUGACAUGCGUAAAAUCCCUGGCUAUGAUCCUCAGCCUGUGGAGAAACUAAGGAAGUUACAGAGAGCUCUGGUACGCAAUGCUGGCUCAGGUUCUGAAACUCAGCUUCGAAUCUCCUGGGAUGGCAUCUUAAAUGCAGAACAGACUGGUCGCUGGUGGAUUGUGGGGUCUGCAUGGAGUGGGACCCCAAUGAUCGACAACAGUCAUCAAACGCUCUUACAGAAGCCGCCUGCAGGAACGGUGAGCUCCAAGAUCCUGGAGCUUGCAAGGAAACAGAGAAUGAACACUGAUGUCAGGAGGAGCAUAUUCUGUACUAUCAUGACAAGUGAGGACUUCCUGGAUGCUUUUGAGAAGCUGCUGAAGCUUGGGCUGAAGGACCAGCAGGAGAGAGAGAUUGUUCACAUUCUCAUGGAUUGCUGCCUGCAGGAAAAAACCUACAACCCUUUCUAUGCUUUCCUGGCUAGCAAGUUCUGCAGCUAUGAAAGGAGAUUCCAGAUGACUUUCCAGUUCAGCAUAUGGGACAAAUUUCGGGACUUAGAAAAUUUGCCGGCCACUAAAUUCUCAAAUCUGGUUCAUCUGGUGGCACACUUGUUGAAGACAAAAUCACUUCCACUUUCUAUCCUAAAGGUAGUUGAGUUCAGUGAAUUGGAUAAACCCAGAGUCCACUUCCUACGGAAAGUGUUGACUGAGCUGUUGAUGGAAACAGAAGAAGAAGACCUGGGUUUAAUUUUCUCAAGAGUGUCUGACAACCCAAAGCUGGGAAUGUUGCAAGAAGGCCUGAAGCUCUUCAUUAGCCACUUCUUACUGAAGCACACACAGACUCUCCAGAGUGCUGAGGAAGCCAAUCUGCUGAGAGAGAGGGCAGGCCUUGCAUCCAAGUCUUUACAGGGCAAAGCUAUCCUAAGAAUGUAGCCAAAGGACACAGAACAUUUGACUAAGAGAUGAUUUGUGUGAAUUCAAAGGCCUGUCCUGCCUCUGUAAGAGUGGGGAGUAUUGUUCCAUGUUUUGUCACAGUUUAAAUACUAUAUUUUCAGAUUUUUUUUUGAACCCAGGGUUGUACUGGAUUUUUGUUUGUUUGGUUGGUUGAUUGGUUUGGUUUUUCGAGACAGGGUUCUCUGUGUAGCUUUGGGGCCUGU